ACUACUUUGAAUUCUUUUCUGUUCACUGGUGAUUCAAAAUAAACUCAACGAAAAUGGUACAGGAAUAACUCGAGAGCCUUCACUGACGGAUACAGUAACUACAGUGCCUCAUUUCAAACAUGGAUUCUGUAGUAGGGGAAGACCAGACUCUUCCUUUUGAUAUCAAUGGGAGCACAUUCACCAGGCUUCCUGACGGGCUAGCAGAGUUCAGCAUGGAUGGUAUGUCAGCUUCCACUUUCCCUCCGGGGAAGAUGUCCCCAUCCAAAGCACUCACUAUGAAGGACUAUGAGAAUCAAAUCACAGCGCUGAAGAAGGAGAACUUCAACCUGAAACUCAGGAUCUACUUUCUGGAGGAGCGAAUGCAGCAGAAAUGUGAUGACUCCACUGAGGACAUCUACAAAACGAACAUUGAGUUGAAGGUGGAGGUGGAAUCCUUAAAGAGAGAUCUCAGCGAGAAGCAAGAGCUCCUGGUUUCUGCAUCAAAAGCGCUUGAAAGUUUAGCCAACAGAGAUGUCACAGAUUCAGCGAAAAUUAGAGAGCGUGCCCAAAGAGAAAUGGACUCUCUCCGAGACAUGCUCAACCAGAGAAUUCAAGAGCUGGAAGAGAGUCUUCAGGAGGCCCAAGGGGAGAUGGAAAGAAUGGCGGCCAUUGCCGAGCAACAUAAACGCAACAAUAUGGACCUGCAGAAGCAGCUGCAGGACCACAGCCAAUCACAGCCCACCGUUAUGCCUGACCCCACCAAUCACCUGCAAGCCCUGCAAGAGAAGGACCGGUUGAUCAGGGAGCUACAAGCAUCAGCGAAGAAACAGGACGAUCUGAUUGGUCAGCUCCAGCGGAGCAGUGGAGAGCAGCCAACCGCAGCACAGAUCACUCAGCUCAACACUGUCAUUGGCCAAAAAGAUGGAGAGUUACAAGCACUGAAAGAUGAGUUGAAUGUUGAGAAGACGAAGGCUGAAAGAGAGAUCAAGGUGUGCGAGCAGAAGCUGUCAGAAGUGGCGCGGUUAGAAGCAGCUGCCAAGCAACUUACCCAGGAGCUGAGCACCAUCAAGACCAAACAUCAGGCCUUAGAAAGUGACAAUCAGGAGCUGACUGGGAAGCUGGAGGAGAAAGACGGUGAGCUGGAGAAAGAGAAGAAAAACGGUGUGAAGCGAGACAAAACGAUCCAAGGCCUGACCCUGGUGCUCAAGGAGAAGGAGAAAGAGAUAGAGGACUUGUACCAUGAUCUUGAGGACCGAGACCAGGCUCUGGCUAAAGCGAGGGAUGCCCUGCACAAAGCCCAGCUUCAAAAGUACCAGGGUGCGGAGGAGCAGCAGAGCCUGCUGCUGGAGCGUCAGACGGAGCUGUCUCGGCUGCAGGGCGACCUGCACGCGUGCCUGUGCGAGUGCAAGCGUCUGGAGCGGCAGGUGAGCGGCCGCGACGCCGACCUGCAGCGCCUCAUCCACGAGCGCCAGACCCUGCAGGACGAGCUGGACGCCCUGCUGCAGACCAAGCAGAGGCAGGACAAGACCAUCAACGACCUGCAGAACCAGCUGAAGAAGCUGACCAGCGAGCUGGGGGCCAAGACCAGCGAGCGAGAGAAGGAGCACAGCGAGGAGCUGGAGCAGAGCAAGAGGAGGGAGCACACACACGAGAGCACCAUCCAGCGCCUCACACACACGCUCACACACAAGGAGCAGCAGCUGCAGGAGUACAUGAACACACUGAGAGACAUGGAGCAGGGCACGAGUCCAGCUGGAAGUGAGGUGAUGGUGAGCAAGUUACGAGAGCGGCUGAAGGAGAAGGAGAAGGCCCUGGAGGCUGCGCUGGAUGAGAAGUUCUCUGCUGUGGAGGAGAAGGAGAAUGAGGUGCACCAGCUGCAGCUCUCUCUGCGGGAGAAGGAGCGAGAUCUGGAGAGACUCAACAACCUGCUCACACACAACCAGGAGACUAUCAGCGGGCUGGAUGCUCUGGUGAAGGAGCGGGACGUGGAGCUGCAGCAGCAGGUCAACGCCCUGAAGAACCUGCAGCGCAGCAAGCAGAGCGCCGAGGACAGCCUGAACCGAGCGCUCCGCGAGAAGGACGCCCUCAUCCAGCAGCUGCAGCACGCGCUGGACAACAAGACCAAAGACCUGGAGGAACUUUCGGCCUCUCUGCUGAGUAAGCCCCAACAGAGGGAGAGUGAUGUGGCGGAGCGGCUGACCCAGAGGCUGAAGGUGGCCGAAGCAGAACUGGCCGCAGCUCUGAAGGAGAGAGAGAGACUCCUCAAUGACCAUCAGAGCACCGUCGACACACUCCUCUCCACCAUCAGCAACAAGGAGCAGCUACUGCAGGACUCGACGGAGCGUCACAACCGUGGGCUGCGGGAGCGUGACGCCGAGCUCCAGGAGCUGCGGGGUCGCCUCACACAAGUGCAGCGGCAGCUGAGCGACGCGCACACACACUCCACCACCGCCACGCAGAACGCCCACCUCACCAGCGCCCAGCUCCGCGCCCAGCUGGCCGAGAAAGAUGACCUCAUCAACAAGCUGCUGGAACAGGGGCAGGAGCGAGAUCGCUACCUGGCUGAGCUGAAGACCGAUGCUGCAGCCCCUCAGGUGUUGGAGCUCCGGCAGACCAUCCAGCUGCUGCAGCAACAGCUAGAGGAGCGAGACGAUGAAUUAAAUGAGAAGGGGACCGAUGAGAGCCCAAAGGAUAAGAAGUCUGUGGCAGCCCUGAAGAAACAGCUGGCAGUGAAGACGGAGAAUCUCAACAAAGCCCUUCAGAGAGAGGAGGAACUCAAGAGUUUAGUGGCAGCGCUUGAGGGUCGGCUAAAGGACCAGACAGAAAGCAUAGAGACCCUCACACACACUCUCACCACCAAGGAGGAGACCAUUAAUCAGCUCCAAAGAGAUGAGUGCAGGGGUCCCGGUCCUCCUGAGAGAGAGAACACCAGCAUUGGAGGAGACAGCAAGGAGACCCUGCCGCCCCUGUCGGCUCUGCGUGUGGAGUGGGAGGGGCUUAACCGCUCUCUGAGGGCGGAGCAACAGCUCUACUCCAACCUGGUGCGCUCUGUCAAACAGCAGGACAGUGCGUCACGUCUGCAGUCCCUGCAGCUGGAGCUCACCGCCGUGCAGCUCCUACGCCAGCAGCUGGAGUCCAGCAUCCAGGCCAACGAGCAGCUCCGGGAGCAGCUGGAGCAGGACCUGCAGAGAGCCAAUCAGAGAGAAGGUGAGGAGCUACAGAGUGUGCGCUCUGCCCUGGAGGAGGCUCGGCGCUGGAACGCGUCUCUUCAGACCCGACUGGGCCAGAUCCAGAGCCGCGGCGGAGGAGUUGGGCAGGCCAACGACACUGGGGACUUCCCAAGUGUGAUCGCUGAUCAGACUUCCUACAUGAGCAUCUGUUUGGGAGAAACUGAGGAGACAGAGUUGGACCAGCUCAGUGUAUCUCAGCUCAAACUGAAGGUGGCUGAGUUGCAGGCCUUGAACGCUGAGCUGCAGAAGAAGGUGGCUGUUACCCCCGAGCGUCCACCUCACAGCCAGCGAGCAGAGAUAGCGGAGCGGGAUAACGCAGGGAGGCAGAGGAGCGUACACACACAGGUGGGCGGUGUUGCUCGAUCACCUGAUGGAGGCAGCAGUGAGAACGUGUCGUUGCUUGGCCUGUCUGCAGUACACCUCAGCAUCCAGCAUGAGGUGCUGCUGAGCGACCACUCGUCUGAUCACAGGUCCCAGACCUCCUCACCCGUCAGAUGGAGUCAGAAGGAGCAGCGGUCCAGAGAGAGCAAGGAGAGUGCCGACGCCUCCUGUGACAGCGACGGGCCCGGCAUCGGCGUCGACCUCCGCCACACCAUCCAGCGGCUGCGCUCGGAGGCCCGGGGUCACCGGCAGGUCAUCCGCCAGCUGAAGGAGCAGCUGCAGUGCAGCUCGGCCCAGUCGGACGGCGCCGGCACUGGCACCGGGUUCGACCCGGAGCUGAUCGUCAGCAUGGCCCGCGAGAUGGAGCGGCUGAGGGAGGAGCACGAGGCCUCGAGCCGCCGCGCCCGCAGCCUGGAGGGCAAACUGCUGCAGGAGAUCGAGGAGAAGGAGAGGAGGAGCCGGGAGAGAGAGAGGAGGGAUGAGGAGAGCGAGGGAGGCCAGGGGGAGGCGGCGCGGAGAGAGAGGGAGAGACGAAAGGAGAGAAGAGAGAGAGGAGUAGGGGAGAGAGGCGACCGAGAGGAGAGGGGGGCGGAGAGUCGAGAUGAUGAGAGCGCCUCCUCACAGUCCAGCUCCCCAUACAGGCAGACGGUCAACCUCAUGGCCAAACACACCGCUUACGUGAAGUCGAGGCUGCCUGUGCUGGCCCGCUCCAGCAGACAGGCCGAGAGGCCGGGAGUGGACCACCCGGUGUGUGACGGGGGCCCGGAGUCGUGGGCGCCCUACCCGGCGCAGAGGAGACUGCUGGGGGCCGAGGAUCAGCCGGCGUCCCCGAGAUCCUCCCAGCACAGCAGCCCGGGGACCACCAGCUCCAGCCGCAGCCCGGCGGCGCGCUCGGCCCAGAACCCGGGCCUGGACGGGGAGCUGGUGGUGAGCCUGGAGCUGGAGACCCAGCUGGAGCUGCUGCAGCAGGAGUGCCAGGAGAAGGAGGGGCUUCUGCAGAGGAAGGCGGAGCAGUGGGACAGACUACAGGCGGAGCUCCAGGAGAAGGACCGGCUCAUGCGCGAGUACCUCCAGGCGCUGAAGGCGGCCGAGUCCACCAUCGCCUACCUGACGGCCUGCAGCCUGGACGCGCAGAGCGGCGCGGCCCCCGGCGGCCGUCUCCAGAACCAGAACCAGGAGCAGGAGCCGCAGCCUCUGGGUCUGAGUUCCCGGCUGCAGGAGUGCGUGAAGAGGGUCGAGGAGGCCAUCACCGUCCUGACUCAGAGCGAGUCGGAGGCGGCCCACUCUCACGCCCCCGAGCUGCUGGCCCGGCUGGAGGAGCUCCAGGAGGAGGUGCAGGCGCUCCGGGACCCCCAGCAGGUGCAGCGGCAGGCGGACGCCAUCCAGGAGGCGCUGUGGGAGCAGAGCCGGCUCAACGCCGAGCUGCAGGAGCGCCUCAGGGCUGCCGAGGCCCAGCUGAAGGCCUACGCUACCGCUAACGCUAGAGGCAACCUUGGCCCCACUGCUGGAGAUGCCACUGCUAGCACUGAUGCUAACAGUGCUAAAGCAACUGACAACAAGCACAGAAGCCCCGACAACAAGCACAGAAGCCCUGCUAAAACCAAACCGGGUAGCAGUGCUAACGACGUUAGCAUGGCUGCCGAGAGUCCCUCACUUAGUCCUGAUUCGUCUAGUGCCUCUACAGGCCAGGAGGGUAACAACAACAACAGCAGCUGCAGUCCAAUAGAAGUGGAGGGACUGCAGAGCGGCAAGAGCCGCAGAGCCCUUCCCAAGAUGGCCGACCUGCGUGGCAGUGCGCAGAGAGAGGAGUGUUGGCGCGAGUGUGUGCGUGCUGCGGAGGGGGCAGUGGAGGCUCUCGUGGCCUGCUGCUCCAGCGCCGACCCAAGUGACCUUUCUGACCCCCAGCGUGCCUCUGACCUCUCGGCCGCCUCCCCUAACGCCGCACUGGCCCAGCAGCUGACCCGGCUCCUGCACGUGCUGCACCAGAAGAGCAGACUGGACCGGCUGGCCCCCGCACACACGUCCACACCCAAGGUCCAGCUGCUGAACCCUGGGCUGAUACUGGUCACUCCACCUCCGGAGGGAUCCAUCCCCCAGCUGCCGUCGGAGAUCGGAUCGGAACACAGCCCGCUCCCGCACGCCCAGCAGAGCCCCUCAAAGUCCAGGCCUCCGUCUCAUUCCGGCUCGGCCUCCAAGAACCAGCACAGUCCGACCAAGUCCCGGGCCCAGUCCCAGUCCAGCCCGGCCCACCAGAGCACGCAGGUCCCGGUGAGGUCCAGAGCGCAGGCUGGCCAGAGCCCUCAGGACCUGCACCACAACCUGCUGCUGCUGCUGCAGCUCUUCAGGGAGCGCGCACACAGAGUGGGCCUGCUGGAGGAGCAGCUCGCCAGCCUGCAGGACAAGAUGCAGGCUUCCCAGGCUGCCAAGCACAGAGCGCCCCCUGCUGCACCAGAGGAGCGGGCGCAGGACCAGGGCUAUGAGACCAGCGGGCGCAGCGAGCCGGAGGCCAGUAGCACAGAUGUGGACGUGGUGCUGGACACCGCCUCCAGCCGCUCCUACCCCAGCUCCCCUGGCCUCAGCCUGACCCCGCGACCCCAGGCUGACCUCUGCGACCCGGACGCCGGCGAGCCGGCCGCGCUCCGGCAGCAGCUGGCCCAGCUGCGCGCUCAGGUGGAGGGCCAGCACAAGGUCAUCCAGCACCUCCAGGCCGGCCGCCGGAGGGCCUCGCUGCCCGCCGAGCUCCUGAGCCCCACCUGCGGGCCGGAGGCCGAGGGCGCGGAGGAGGCGGACGAGCGCAGAGGGAGGAGAGAGCAGAGGGGAACACCCAACAGGAGCUUCUGCCAGUCCGCCUCUCCCUCCAGGAUCGAGUCUCUGGUGCAGUCGCAGGCGCGGGAGCUGUGUGAGCUGCGGCGUCAGAUCCGCGUGAGUGGGCUUCUGGGCGUGGAGCAGCGGCGCGUGCUGCUGGACCUGCGGGGGGCGCUAGAGGACAUGCUGCAGGCCGCGCAGCAGCAGCCCCACCUGGGGCCACACAUCCAGCACAGCCUGGACCGCAGCCUGGAGCUCCUGGACAACCUGCAGCCAGGAGGCACUUCACCCCGAGACGAGGGGCAGGGAUUGGAGCACGGCUUGGAGCAGAUCCAGAGUGUGUGUUCGGAGCUGCAGCAGAAGUCUCGGCUCAUCCGGUCCCUGCAGGAGCAGCUCGGCGUCAAAUCUCCCACCAGUCACCAGGGCUCCGUCUCCAAUGACAACAGUACGGCAUCGUAUCACAACAGCCCCCCUACUGGCCCCCGAGCCACAGGCCCGAAGCUGACCAAUGGGGUGGCGACGGCCGGCGAGGGCUUGGUUUCCGUGGAGACGGAGGAGAGCAGCGUGCGGGCGUUGCGGCGGGAGAACGGCCGCCUGCAGGAGCAGCUGCAGUCCAGCGAGCAGCUCAACACCACGCUGCGCACCGAGCUGGACCUGCACCGCUCACUCCUCUCACACACACAGACACACACACACUCAGAGACACACACACACACACAGGCGCAGGCGCACACACAGACACGCGCUGACACACAGGCGCCCACGCGGGAGCGGGCAACGCCACAGUCAGAGGCGGGCACACAGCAGGACACAGCCAGCAGGACCAUUAAUACAGAUCUGCUGGCUGAGCACCUGCAGGAGAUCCGUGCUCUGCGCCAGCGUCUGGAGGAGACCAUCCGCACCAACGACAGACUCCGGGAGCAGCUGGAGAGGAGGCUGCAGGAGGCCCAGAGAGACCCAGCAGGCACCAACAUCUUCAUCGCGGGGCUGGAGGACCAGGGUCAGCUGGCCAACGAGGUCCGCAAGCUGUGGGCGCACAACCACACGCUCAGAGAGCAGCUCAACCAGGGCAGCAGAGAUAAGCAGAAGGAAAACGAGCGUCUGCGUGAGACCCUGGCCAGGAGAACAGCCAAGCUGGAGCGAAGCCGCAGAGAACACACACGUCUGCAGGAGAGCCUGCACAGACUGCAGUGUGAGGUGAAACAGCAGAAGCAGCAGCUUUCGGACAGUCAGCAUCUCCUCAAGUCUCUGCGGGUGGAACUGAAGCUACAGGAGCACAUCAGGAACACAGAAGGAGAAGAACAGCCCUCUGGUGUAGAUCUGACUGCUCUCUUAGCGGAGGUGAGGCAUCUUAGAGAACAGUUGGAGAGAAGCAUCCGGAACCACACUAUCAACAUCAACUACUUACUGCCAUCAGAUGAGUGUGGAAGAUCCGAGCAGCUCAAUCCGUCAUCACACCCUGACGCCAACACUGGACAAGACAGCGGCAGCUCGGUGGGCAGUGGCUCGCCCCCUCCAUCGCGGCUGGUGCCGGGGGUGCGUGUGUUUGCGGCGCGCGGCGGUCAGCACGUGCUGGGCCUCAGCGAGGACUACAGCGCCCUGCACACACACCUCACGCAGGCCAUCGCCUACACACAGCACAUGGACCAGCACACACGCGACUGCAACACGGCCCAGUGCAAGAGCCUGAGCACCAGCGUCAACAGCAUGCAGCAGGUACUGGAGGAGGCCAGCAGACUCCUCAAGCUCUUCUGGAGGGUCAGCCUACCGGCAGAUGCACUCAGACCACAGGAUGAGAUGAUGAGGACGGAGAUCUCGCGUCUGAAGAGCAGGCUGCAGCAGCAGGAGUGUGUGCUCAGUGGAGCCGUCAAACGCCUGCACUCCACCAACCAGCUCAAGGAGGGCAUGGAGCGCCUCAUCAUAGACCAGCUGUCCGUCACCCAUGGCAUCCUGAAAAAGGCCCGAGGCAACUUAGAGACUCACUAUUACGGCCACAGUGGCCAGUCAGUAGAAGGAUGUCCCAUUGAGUGGCCUGUGACCGAAGAACAACCAUGUCCCUCCCCAAAGGCCAGGUCCACCCCCAAAUCGGAUUCUGCCAGUGAUGUCUCGUCCCACUGCAGCUGUUAGACUCCUCCCCUUUGCCUAACCCCGCCCCUCCAGGAAGUACCUUAAUUUGUCCUCUGACACACUGUUCCGGAACAUUCAUUGGUAGAUGUAGAAGCCCCGUAAUGGUACGAGACAAGCGCUUGAGAUUCUGGAGACAGUGAUUGCACAAUUUGUUUUUGCUAUACAUUUGUAACCUAUUUUCAUAGUAAGAUGCUGUAAUAUGUUUUAUUGUUGAACAGUGAGAAGGGAAAAUAUUUUUUCUUGUAAAUGUGGAAUUUCUCCUGAGUGGUGUUGAAAAUCAAGGUCCUGAUGUCACUGCCUAUGUGUGUGUGUGUGUGAGUGAGAAAGAGACAGUGAGAGAGGGUGAGUGUGUAUGUGUGUGUAUGUGAGCGAUGGUGAAGCAGAUGAAGCAGCUAUACUAUGUGUGAUCUGAAAUACUAUUGCAGGAUGUUAAUGUAUCCACCAUUAAAAAAAGAUGAGGGGA